AUGAUGGCCUCCCACCGCAUCGGCGCCCGCGUCGCGGGCCUCUCGCCAGCGCAGCUGUGCGCCAUCAUCGAGGCGCAGGCGGGCGCGAGCGACGCCGCGCUGCGCGUGGCGGACGAGCACGCCACACGGCUCGUGGAACAGCCCGAGUGGGUGCUCUCCGAGGUCCUUCUCUCGCCGGACCUCGCCCCGCACAUCCUCGCCCAGCUGCCGACCACGGCGCACGCCGCCAAGGGGACGGCUCCUGCGGCUCUCCCUCGUCGCGUGACCGCCGCCGACAUCAUGUGCUCGGUCGUCCCCGCCGGCGCGGAGCUGCGCCACGUCGAAUUGUUCGGCACCUCGCGACGGGUCGGCGCACUCGUGCGGCUCAACGCGGACCUACGGAGCGACUCCGCCGCGGCUCGGCGCUGCCGCGUUUUCGAAGGCUGUGGGCGGGAUAAGGCCGGCUAG